GCGAGUGCUGUGUAGCGACAGAAAGAGCUUGAGAUGAAAUGGACUGUUGGUUGUGUCUUGGUUUUGGUGCUCUGAGACCCUCGCAGUCGUGUUGGCGUUCCGAAUCGGCAGUGAUUGCGGGUCCCUCCCAUCUCAUCCCAUGACCCAUGUCCGAUGUUCAGCACCUGAGCACCUGGACAAGUUCCUGGCGCUAGCCAUAUACAGAUUAGUCACUCCCCCAUGCACGACCCACCCCAAUCACCCAAGAUCAACGACGUCUUGUGUUCUCCCGUUCUGACAGGCUCUCAAGGCUGUGUAAUCUGCGCACAGUAGCAACCGCAUCCUUUGCGCAUUCCCUUGCAGCAGCCCGCAUCGCGAACAUUGGCGCCGCCGCAGACCGCCAGCGCCUUGUCCUUCAUUCAACGUUUGCUUUACAUGGCCUCUCUCUACUUUUAUCCGUUACCAUGGGAUUUCUCGAGAUCCUGUCCGGGCUUUUUGGUGUGACGUAUUUCGUGGCGUGGUCGGUGAGCUUUUAUCCGCAGUCGAUCCUCAACUUCAGACGGAAAUCCACGUCUGGGACCACUGUUGACUUCCCCCUGAUCAACUGCCUGGUUAGUGCAACAGGCUUUGCCGCCUACCUGGUCUCCAACACGACAUUUUACUACUCGCCUUUGAUCCGUGCUCAAUAUGCCGCCCGGUACAAGGGACUGACUCCAACCGUGCAUUUCAACGACAUCACCUUCGCUGCCCACGGCCUCCUAAUGUCGCUCAUAACUACCAGCCAGUACUUGUACCCUCGGGCAUGGGGGUUCACUCCCAGUAUGGGCAACAAGCCCAGUCGCCUCAUCCUCGGUAUCUUCUUUGGCUGCGUGGUUGGCACCGUAACCGCCAUCCUGAUCGUGCUCGGGUCUCCCGAGCGGGGCAGCACUGACGAAGCCGUGUCGUCGUGGGUCUGGCUUGACGCCAUCUACGCCAUCUCCUACGUCAAGCUGGUCGUGACGCUCAUCAAAUACACACCCCAGGUCAUUGUCAACUACCGCAACAAGUCGACCAAGGGCUGGAGCAUACUCCAAAUUCUUCUCGACUUCUCCGGCGGCAUCUUGAGCAUGGGCCAACAGUCCAUCGACAGCUACCUCCAGCGCGACUGGUCCGGCAUUACUGGAAACCCCGUCAAGUUCGCCUUGAGCAACGUCUCCAUGAUGUACGACCUAAUAUUCAUGACCCAGCAUUAUGUGCUUUACCGCGGCGCUGACGAGAAGUCGGCCGAGGGCGACUCGCUCCUUGGGGCGGAUGAGGAGCGCCGGAUCGACUGA